AUGGGUCCGAAAAAAGCCAAAGAAUGUACAGACGACGAAAAUUAUUGGAGAUUAUGCAUCGAAGAAACCCCGUUAAAUGAUGAAACGUGGACUGUUAAAGUAAUCUUAAUGGAAGCGGCUGGCAGUGAGCAUGAUCGUAUUUAUUUAAAUAAAUUUGAAAAUUAUGCCGCUCAAGAAAGACGAUUUGUAAUAAAAAAUAUUUGUAAAACUGAAACUACUUUCAUGAUUAACCAACUCGGUGGUGAAAAGAAAGUAAAAGAUGAUAAUCUUCGGGUAUUUGAAGAAGGUCAAAGCUACCUAAAAGAAAAACGGGAUGUGCCACCAGAAAUAAUGGCGCUGAUUAUUAAACAUCUUAUUCUUAAGAUGAAGGAAGAGUAUCUUUUUAUAAAGCGACAAAGAUUAGAAGUACGAGAAGGAAUAAAGAGAGAAUCGGCAACGAUGAUUAAUAGGGCCGAAGUUAAAGGAACAGUAAAUGUUAAAUUGCCCGAACAACAAGAUACCGCCCCGUCUUCUAAUAUAAAAAAAACUGAAACAGAUGUUUAUUCUAUAGAAAUAGACGAAAAUAAAAAAUACAGUACACUGUUAAGGGUAAGAGGAGAAGAAUGGCGAGAUAAAAUAUACAUUGAUGACUACCCAACAGAUGGUCCAAAUCUUUAUAUUGCUGUAACGGGUUUCUUAGAACCGAAUUUAGCGGGAUGUCUUAUUAAAGUUGGCAUUCCCUUAACAGCUGUAGUUCAAAUUCGCAUUGAUUCUACACACUCUCCUAUGCCAUCCAGUUUACUUCGAGCGACAAAAAGAGGACAAAGUCAAACCGAAAUGCAGACUGAAAAAUCUCUUAAAUUCUGGGAAGACUUACAACGACUACGUAUAAACAUGGCAUCAGCAAAUGAUUUUAAAAAUACAGCAUUUGUUGUUUUUACACCACCUUACUGGAAUACUGAAAACUUAUCUGGUUGUACUGAAAAAAUUUACGAUGAAAUAUGUUAUUUAUUGUACGACAUACAAGAUUUGACGAGGCAACAUAUGCAUUAUUUAGAUAACAUGGAUAUCAUUACUAUUCCUGAUGAUAAUAAAGUGGAUUUUUAUAAAUCAUUUUAUCAGAAACAUUUAGAUGGGAUACCAUUCGAAUCGGUCUCGGCAUAUUUGGUUCUUGAUGCUAUUCUUCAAGCAGUAUGUAAAAAUAACACUAGCGAUAAAAACAGCAGAAGUACAAUUUCUUCCUUAGAUGACACAUUUAAUAUAGUUCCAGUCGACCAAAGCAAUAUUGAGGAAAUUAGAUUACAUCAAUCUGAAAAACUCGUUAAGGAUUUAAUAAACGACUUUUGUAAGGUUGAUUCCCAAAAAAAGAAAUACAGACUUACAAAUGGUGAUGAAUAUAUAGAUCACAAAAACCCAAUUGUAUUACAGUAUGGUGAUUUUUGUAAAAAUAAUACAUUUCAUUUAGGCAAUAUAAACUUAGAUAAUAUUGUAUAUUCCAUGUUGUACGGCAUCCCUUUACAUAAACUGUGGCUUAAUAGAAACAAACCAACAGAAGAGAUGAGUGCUAGAAAUAAUUUUCAUGUUAAUUUGCUUUUAUCUUGCUUUGAUCGAGACGAUGUGGAAACUGCGGAAUUAUGUAGACUAAUACAUAUAUUGACAUGCCGUAAAUUAUACAAUAAUAGAAGUUCAUUAAAAAAAUCACACAUAUUGCCAUCAACUAUUGCAGAAUUUAAGAAAAUUUAUUUGAAACGCAGCAUACUUGCCGAACCCCUUAAUAAAUAUUCUUCCUAUAGAUGUCAAACGUCUAUUUCUUCCUCGGUACGUUCUUCAGAAACAGAAAGUGAAGAAUCUCACGAGAUAAUUAGUGACGUAGAUGUUGCAUCACGCGGAUUUAAACUUCUUUUUGAUUGUCCUGACAUAAGCGAAUUGGUAUCAGCUGUUGAAAUAGCAAACCAAAAGCCGUGUGAUCAUAUGAUCGACGAAUAUAAAUAUUUUGAAGAUUUUACAGGUACAAGCGCUUUUCAAAUUAUUCUCGAUGCUUUUAACACUUACAACUGCAUCGAUUACAAGUAUUGUGAAGUGACUGAUUGUUUUGUUACAAUGUUUUAUAAUAGCUACGAUAAGGACAGCAUUACCAGAGAAGAAUGGCGCUGUCAUCUUCCGACACCUGUAUGUUUGCAAGAUUUUUUUGACUUUGUGUUAGAAGAACAUUACGAUUGGAUACAAAAUGAAGAGAAAAAUUACGAUGAACACAAUUUACUGAGAUCGCAAUCAGAAUUCAAAAACACUCAACAAUUUUUAAUUGAAAAAUCUUGCGUAGAAAAUAGUGAAGUAGAGAUGGAUUUACUUAUGGAGGGCUCCUUAAAGUAUGAAGAAAUAAAGAAUGAUGAAAUAAUCGAUGUUGAUACGUCAGAUUCUAAAGUAUUUAUAACGAAAAAAACUCCCGUAUCAACUACAGAUAUGGAUUCCACUAAAAGUAGCAGAAAGACCAAGUCACCGGCAAUAUCUACGCCAAAAGUUAUACGCAAUGAUUCAGAUUCAGAAGCUAACGUUGAGUCAUUAAAAAAACCCUUUUUUGGUUAUGAUUUAGGAGAUAGAAGGGUAGAAGUGUUUGGAAAAGAUUCUUCAUAUUUUGCUAAAGAUGGUACUCGCAUUUCGAGUUCUUAUUUUUUAAUAAUACCUAUGAAUUUAGAAUACGUUAACUUGAAUAUAAUUACUGGAAAUUCAAAUAAUGAGUUUUGGGUUCAUAACAAAUUAGGAGAACUGAAAUUGGGAACAGUUGAUAUCCGCGAGUCAUUCAGAGUUCACACAAAAGACCAAUUAAUUAUGUAUGUAAAAAAACAAUUAUAUAAAGUUGUUCGAACCUUACAAAUCCAGUCAGGCGAGACGAUAUAUAAAGCUAACCCAUUAAAAUCCCCGUCAUCUGAUUUGAGCGACGUAAUUCCAGAAAUAUAUGAAACAAAAUCAUUUCAUUCACUGUUUGUCACAUGGCCAAAUGGGCUUGUAACCGAAAGCGUCCACGAAAAUAAUUCAGCCAAAAUUUCCCAUAUCAAGCAACAUUAUCUUAUUCCAUUGCAACACCUCGAUGAGGAUAUGCGGUGCAUAAGCUUAGAAGGGGAAGUUGUCAUUUUUAAAAGCAAUAAUGAAAUAGAGAUACUAAAACCAGAUUCAACUUACAUUAGGAUUACAAAGUGUGAAAAGAAAAUGAUUAAUGAUGAAAAUCCCGAAAACAUGAUAACUGACACUAAUUCUGAUAAAAGCAAGAAAGGAAAAGAUAAACAGGCUAAAGCUUCGUCUAAGCCAUCAAAAAAAAUGUUGAUAGAAAACGAUAAAAAUACACAUACACGGUCAAUAGAGCAUGAACUAAUUAUUGAAGAGUUUGAAACUAUAGGUAGUAACGGUUUGAGACAAAAGUGGGUUCAGAAUAAUAAAUUUGACAUAGAAAAAUUGUUAAUAAAAACAGCGACAGAUUUUUGCUUAGGCGAAAUAUUUUCAAAACGCAUGGAUGGAACGAAUGUUCUAUUAAAUAAGGAUGGAGUGCAAGUUGUUACUUUUCCUAAUAAUACGAGAAUAAUUACAAGUAUUAUUAUAGAGGAUGAAGAAAUAUUCCCAGAAUGGACGAAAGAGGAAAUGGAAUAUUUCUCAAUAAAUAAUUUUAAUCCCGAUGUAGAUGUUUUUAAAUCAGAGAGUUCUAUAAAUCAAAAUAACAUGGUACAUACUAAUAGCAUUAGCUCUGAUUAUUUUGCUUCUACAAAAUUGCAAGAAGCGGAUAACAACAUUGCAAGGGAAGAUGGAUACAUUUCAAUUAAUAUUGCUUAUACAAUCGAACAUUCUUAUUUUACUACAGUUACUAUUAAUAAAUAUACUGAAAAAAUAUCUAUUGAAUCGCCAAACAACACUUGCGUUACUGUUGACACAGAAAAUAUAUAUGAGUUUACUUUAGAUAAACAAACUUCUGCAUAUUUUGAUGGAAACGCAUUGACUAUCAAUUAUGAUAUUUGCCCUGAAUCUAAUAUACAUACUAAUUGUGAAGUUAAAAUGAAGUCAGGUGAAGUUAAAAGUGUAUCCCAAUUGCAAAAAAAUUGGUUAAAUAUGACAGACUCGAGUAACGCGUCGUGUAAAAAAAUAUCUGUUGACGAAGAAGGUAAUAUAAACGUUAUAGAAAAAGUCAUAAAUGACGAAAAUUUACAACGAAGAAAUUCUAAAUGUAGCGAUGAGAUUAAUAGUGAAGGUCUUGAUAAUAUCGGCAAAAUCAUUGAAAAAAAUAAGGAAUAUCAUAAUAGAUGUGAGGAAAUGUGGAAAUCAAAACAAUUAAAAUUCUUUAUUCUUAGACGUGAUCUAACAUGUUCAGAACUGAUACAUCGUGCAAUCGUCGAACGUUAUAAAGAAAUUUGUCGCAGUCAUCGAUGGUGUUCUGUUAACCAGUUCGAUACGUUCGGAGACCACCGCAGCAUCUGGUCCAUACUCACUCCCGUACAUAUUAAUGAAUCAGAGAAAUGGUUAAUGGACUCGAAAUUAUCACCUAAGCCAAAAAAAUUAACGUAUAAAGAUCUGGUUGAUGAUACUGGUAAAGGUUUUUAUCAUUGGAUGCGACCUUACAAAAGAUUUCAACCGGAACCAAUUAAGCCGAAACCUGUCCUGCCGGAAAGACUGCCUAGAGCCUUCGUAUUGCGCACUUUAGAACAACAAUGGAAUGACUCGCAAAGUGAAAAAUUAAGAGGUGCAAAGGAACUUUCGAAGGCUAUACUGUGUUAUCGAAACCGUUUAGAGGCAAAUCGGGAUACUAUUUUAAAAGUACCGGUUGAAGAUCGACGUCCAGAAAACGAAAGGAAAACAGACGACCUAGUGCAGGCUAUCGCAAACAGGGUAUAUAAGGAUUUGAAAGAACGUCUGGCAGAAGACAUGCAGCUUCGAGCACAGCCUACAAUUACCACCAAACCUUGUUCACUCCUUGAUGAGAUCUCCGAAGAAGAAUCAGAGGAAGAGAGUCAAGAGCUUAAAUUCAUUAAAGAAAGACGAGAAAAUCUAAAAGAAACAGAAUCUGCGGAGGCAACGACUAUCAAUCUGAAACGUUACUGGAAUAGACGCGCCGAGGAAUUCAAAGAGGAGCAGUUUUAUAAAUAUCUUCUUCAAGAGGGCAGCGUUCCUCCAUAUUUCCGUAACGUACUCGGAGGAGCAAUUUGGUGGCAAAUGAGCAAGGCUGCGGACGACGCAGUUACAAAAGCGGAAAGACGACAUAUGCAAUGCGUUUGUGAUGAAGAUUAA